UAAUUGCUCGCAGAUUUCUUCGCCCUCAUUGGUUAACAACAACGGGGUCCGUGUGAACUGGGAAGAGGUGGGGGCUGCGGUCAAACCCACCAUGACCUAAACAGCACCAGGAGGGAGAGAGGAGGGAGGACACAGCCGCAGCAGCAGCAGCAGCAGCCCCGCUUUCAGCCUGCAUGGGCUACUCGGUUAGCUAGCUUAGCAUCGUCCGACUGCGCCGCACUGCUUCUCCGGCCGCCGAGAACCUCGGGUUGUUAUCUUCGUGUUUCCCUCUCCGUCCCAUCCCCAGUCCUGCCUGCCCACUGCCCGGCUUCAAGAUGAUGAAGUUUAGGUUUCGUCGGCAGGGCACCGACCCACAGAGAGAGAAGAUAAAACAGGAGCUUUUCGCCUUCAACAAGACUGUGGAGCAUGGGUUCCCUCAUCAGCCCAGUGCUUUGGCCUUUGACCCCAAAUUGGAACUUAUGGCCAUCGGGACAAAGUCAGGAGCCAUCAAAGUCUACGGGCACCCUGGUGUGGAGUUCACAGGACUGCACAAAGACAUCACAGCUGUCACACAAAUCCUUUUCCUGCCUGGACAGGGCCGCCUGCUGUCGCUGCUGGAUGACAACACGAUUCACCUGUGGGAGCUGGUGGCUGGUGCCCCUAGAGAGGUGGGCGGGGAUAAGAGAGACGGCGUGGUCUGUCUGCAGGAAGUGGACAGCUACAGCCUUCCAGGAAGACCUGGCAUUGAGAGCUGCAGUGCCACGCGGGUGACGGUCCUUCUCUUGCUGAGGUCAUGCGAGCAGCUGUGCAUGGGAACAGAGGGAGGGGGCGUGUACUUCCUGGAGUUGCCCCGCCUAUCACUGAAGGACAACCAGACGCUUCUCCAAGACCAGGUCACACAGAGGAUUUACUUCUAUUUUGAUUCAGGAAUCUGCUUUGAGUUUCUCUUUCAGCUGAGUUUUAGGUUCACUGUCAUGUUGUAUGAAAAGUUCAUGAAUCCAAAUGUUUCAUAUUCUGUCUCGUCUCUUGUCUUAGGGUUUGAUGAGCCGUCUGCGUUGGUAGUGUUACUGGAAGAGGAGCUGGUCGUGAUUGACCUCCAGACCCCCGGGUGGCCCUCUAUGCCCACCCCCUACCUGGCUCCUCUCCACUCUUCAGCAAUCACCUGCUCCUUCCACAUCUCCAGCGUCCCUCCCAAACUCUGGGAGCGGCUAGUCAACGCUGGCAAAGCACAGCAGGGCCGGCAACACCCACACGGGAGUUGGCCCAUUUGUGGAGGUAAAAACCUGGCUCCUCCACCCAAACAGCAAGAGCUGCUAUUGACAGGGCAUGAGGACGGCACUGUGCGUUUCUGGGAUGCAUCAGGUGUUGCUCUUACUCCGAUGUACAAACUCAGCACAGCCAAUGUCUUCCACACCGACUGUGACCCUUGCGAUGAUCCUCAGGACGCUAGCGACGACCCCGACUUGCAGCAGGAGGAGGAAUGGCCUCCCUUCAGGAAGGUGGGCUGUUUUGACCCGUACAGCGACGACCCCAGACUGGGCAUCCAGAAGAUCAGUCUGUGCAAAUACAGCAACAAGCUGGUGGUGGCUGGAACUGCUGGACAGGUGAUUGUUCUGGGUCUGAGUGAUGAGCGUUCGGACCACUUGGUUGACGUGUCGGUGGUUGAUCUACUGCAGGACAGGGAGGGCUUCACCUGGAAGGGCCAUGAGAGACUGGAGCCGCGCCUUAAACCCGCCCCCUUCCCUCCCGGCUUUCAGCCACUGGUGCUGGUGCAGUGCCUGCCCCCGGCCUCUGUUACGGCGGUGGCUCUGCACGCCGAGUGGAACCUGAUCUCCUUCGGGACGAGUCAUGGAUUUGGCCUGUUUGACUACCACAGACGAAAUGCUGUGCUUGCCAGAUGUACCCUGCACCCUAAUGACUCCUUGGCGAUGGAGGGCCCCCUGUCCCGAGUCAAGUCCUUGAAGAAGUCCUUACGACAGAGCUUUAGACGCAUCCGUAAGAGCAGGGUGUCGGGGAAGAAACGCACCAUCACCACUACACCUACCAGCAAGGUCCAGGAGGCCAACGCUGCUCUGGCAGAGCAGGAGGACGUGGCUCCGAUACAGCGAAGGAUUGAGCCCCGGUCUGCAGACGACUCGCUGUCUGGAGUGGUGCGGUGUCUCUGCUUCGCUGACACCUUUCUACGUGACGGUACACACCAUGGACCCACACUAUGGGCAGGCACCAACUCAGGCAGUGUGUACGCCUACGCUCUGGAGGUGCCCGGCGUUGGUUUGGGGCGUGUGUGUGAGCGGGGCGGAGCGGGCGAGAGCAGUGUGUGUGUGGAGGCAUUGUUGGGGAAAGAGAUCCAGCUGAUGCACAGGGCCCCCGUGGUGUCGAUAUCUGUGUUGGACGGCCGGGGGAAACCGUUACCGGACCCUUACGAAGCCUCCCAGGACCUCUCCAUCGCACCGGAAAUGACCAACGCUCACUCUGUCCUCAUCGCCUCGGAGGAACAGCUAAAGGUGUUCUCCCUCCCCAAGGUGAGCGCUAAGACCAAGUUCAAGCUGACGGCGCACGAAGGCUGCCGGGUGAGGAAGGUGGCCCUGGUGGUGUUUAACUCCACAGUUCAGGAAGACUACAGCGAGCACACACUGGUCUGUCUGACCAACCUGGGCGACAUGCACCUCUUCAGCAUACCUGGCCUCCGACCACAGGUGCGCUACGACUGCAUUCGCAAAGAAGACAUCAGCGGCAUUGCAUCAUGUGUCUUCACCAAGAACGGACAGGGGUUUUACUUAAUCUCUCCUUCAGAGUACGAGAGGUUCUCUCUCUCUGCCAAGGUCCUCACUGAGCCGCUCUGCUCUGUUCAGCUGGACCGACCGCUAGAGCCCACACCUGCCAGCGACGGUAUGACGCCGCAGGCCAACGGAACCCACAAGAACCAAAUGGGUCAGGCUGAAGGGCAAACAGAAGAACCUCCCAGCUCCCUGUCCUCUCCCAUCCUGGACACCCCACUGGACUCCCCCCUCAGCUUUGCUGACCUCACCCUCGACUCGACCGGAGAAAUCACUGUGGAGGACGUCAGGGAUUUUCUAGCCACUGUGGACGAGGCAGAGAAUAACCUGAAGAACAUUAAAGAGGAGGAGGGACGCUCGGCCGGCAUCCUCAUUAACUGAACAGGGACUGGGAUGGACCGGAUUUCAGUGCUGGACCACAAACAUCUCCCAUCAUUCCACUGUGGAACCCCCAGCCAACACUCUGCACUCUCCUGUUAGCCUGGCACAAACUGGGAGGAAAGCCUUCAUACGGACAAAGAGUACAGCAUUCCAGACUCAUGUUGUUUUGUUCCUCCCACUUGAAGAACUACAUCUUCUUAUAUAGCCACUUUGGAAACAUGACCUUGCCUCCCACAUGGAACUAGAGACAGCCUACCUAGCACAGUGUGGCGCCUGGAUGGACUUGGAGCAAACAAUUCUGAUUUCAACCACUAAAAGCAGAACUGUCUGUCAUCCAUCUUGACGCUCUGUGUGGUCAUUCCUUUCUUCCCGUGGUGAGCCGAUGGUUAUGAAGCGUUCUCCAGGCCUAAUGACUGCGGCUCAGCCUUCGAGGAAAGGGCUGUUAACGUCCCGCAUAGGAGACUUACCAGUGACGUUUCUGUGUUUUUAUUUUUCUAUCCACAGGUUUUUUGGCGUGCUUGGAUCGUUCUGAGGUUUCCCAACAGUUGGAACUGGAAUUGGCGCUCGGUCGCCAAAUUGCUCUCUUUGAUUCCUUGUGCCCAUAGUGGACGUGUCGGGUUGUUUUGCACGUUACUUAACACCCCCACAGCCCUGUGAAUGACCCGUGUUUAUGAAAUGAGGAUAUCCAGCAGAACGGGAUUAUUGUGAAGUUCAAGAAGACUAGGAAAUGAAGUAUUUUGAAUAUUUGAGUAUUAAAGGCUGUACGAUUUGUAUUCUUCCCGUCUGCUAUUAGGUGCAGUUGAAUUGCUGCACCCAGUGUCCAAUGUGAGCCGUGGUGGUGCGGAGAUCAACUGUUUUUGAAUGUGUGAGCCGAUAUGUACACACAAGCACAUCACCACCGAGGUUUUGGGAAGCUCAGUCUACUCCUUUUGGUAUUGAAGAACAAAGUACUUGGAAAAUGAAGGUGUUUUUUAAUACAAAUAAUGACGUUCUA